GUGAUGCUCGGGUGGUGAUUGGCAUUGUCACUCGGGCUCUUCUUUGUUCUCGUCGUCGUGGUCACCAUAGAGCGCGUCUGCAAGCGCUCCCACCCCAAAACCCCGCGGACGCACCGACGCGCGAGCCAUAAUGCGCCGCCAAAGCCUCGCCACCGUACUGCUGCUCCUGGUGGCCGCCGCGGCCCUGGCCGCCCCCGCCGCUGGGCACUUUGAGUCCUCCUGCCCCUUCUACGACCACGGCGGCCACGGCGAACCACACGAACGCCACGACCAUGGCCACAGCUGCGGCGGCGGCGCGGACCAUGAGCACCACCAUCACCAUCACCACGGCCAUGGACACGGCGAGAUCCAGCGGCUGCUCCCGGAGGAGAUGGCGGAGGAGGCGGAUCUCGAGCUCGAGUCCUUCGGUUACGAAGACCAUGACCACGGCCACCACCACCACCACCACCAUCACCACAGCCACGGCGACAUGGAGACAUCGCCCAUGGGCGUGUGGCUGAGCGCGAUGGGGUGCUCGCUGCUGGUCAGUAUGGCGUCCCUUGUCUGCCUCGUCCUCUUGCCGGUCAUCUUCUUUAAGGGGAAACCGUCUAAGGCCAUAGUGGAUUCGCUUGCAGUGUUUGGGGCAGGAGCUAUGCUUGGAGAUUCAUUUCUUCAUCAGCUGCCACAUGCUUUUGGUGGAGGGCAUUCUCACUCGCAUGAUCAUGAGGGUCAUGAUCAUGCUCAUGCUCAUGAGCAUGCACAUGCACACUCACUGCAAGAUCUAUCUGUGGGUUUGUCUGUACUAUUUGGCAUUGUACUGUUUUUUAUUGUCGAGAAGAUUGUGAGGUAUGUUGAAGACAAUUCUCAAAAUGGGGCUCAUAGCAUGGGUCAUGGGCACCAUCAUCAUAAUCAUAAACGGCACGAUUCUAGCGAUAAAGCCAAAUUGAAUUACCAAAAGAGUGAUACUGAUGGUAAAGACAUUGAUCAUGCUGAAGAGGAACCUUCGGUUAAUGAUACCACUGGAAAAAUAAGUGAUGGCCAUGAAUCAGAAGCUACUAUACGCAAGAGGAGCUCAUCCAAAGCCACUGAUGGAGAAGCCACCAAUUCUGGAAGGGAUCCUGCCCCUGAAAAAGCACCAUCAAUUUCAAACUCUAACUUAGUGUUUGGCUACCUCAACCUUUUCUCAGAUGGUGUUCAUAACUUCACUGAUGGGAUGGCUCUCGGGAGUGCCUUUCUGCUGCAUGGUUCUGUUGGUGGCUGGUCUAGGACUUUAUUUCUGCUUGCACAUGAACUUCCCCAAGAGGUAGGAGAUUUUGGUAUCCUUGUGCGGUCAGGCUUCACGGUAUCUAAGGCCCUAUUCUUCAAUUUCCUCUCUGCGUUGGUUGCUCUUGCUGGAACAGCACUAGCAUUGUCUUUGGGUAAAGAUCCGGGACAUUCCUCCCUGAUUGAGGGUUUCACCGCCGGUGGUUUCAUUUACAUUGCUGUCGCGGGAGUCCUACCACAGAUGAACGACCAGAAAACAACCAUCAAGAGCUCAGUAGCUCAGCUGAUCUCCCUGGCAAUGGGGAUGCUGGUCGCUCUAGGCAUUUCUCUGGUAGAAUAAUCUGAAUCCCCAUUUCACCACUUGCAGCUUUAGGUCCAACCGAGUUACCCCAAGUCGAUAUAAUGCUCUAGCAGCUCCAGACUAGAAGCAGGGUUUUCUGAUCCUCUCGAUAUAUAGUACCAAAAAGUUUUUUUUUUUUGAAAUUUUGGCAUCUGGUUAUAGAUUGCCUCGCAUCGGUGUUAUUUGAAGGCAACCCGUCGCACUAACUGAAUACUGUACAACUUUAUGGCCGGCUGGCUGAUGUCGGCUCAUGACAGGAUCAACAGCAUAUAGUGGAAUCCCUGUUUCCU